ACAUACGCAACGAUCCACAUUGUACAGACCCGUCUCUCUGUCCUUGAACCCCACUCACCUUUUACCCUAAAAAGCAGCCAUCGGUUCCUUCAUAAACCUCUCUCACGCUGCUCUUUGUCUAUUCAGCGAAACUUCGAUACCAGAGACCCUCACUGUGUCUUAGUAGUGCCCACACCAUCAGAACGAACAAAAACCACUCAUUUUGUUCUUAUUUCAAUCCAACAUAACUUCUUCUAUCUUAAUAACACAGACCCAAAUCUAUAAUCUAAAAAAGAUUUCAUUUUUAUCUAAUUCAAGUAAAAGGGUUGUUGAAAUGGCACCUAGUUUUGAUUGUGCUUCUAGCCUUCUUUGCACUGAGGAUACUAGUGUUUUUGAUGAUGGUGAACAUCAGGGGACUGUUGAGGUGUACGAGGAUUCGUGGCGUCCGAGGUUCGAUCAUCGGAGGGGUCAAGGUGAGUCUGUUGGUGUUGCUGAUGAGUUGCCAUUACAGAGUGAGGAGUGUUUUGGGCUGAUGUUGGAAAAGGAGUGUCAACAAUGGGUUGGUGAGGAUUACUUUGAUAGGUUUCGGUUUGGGGAUUUGGAUUUUGGUGCUAGAAAUGAAGCGAUUGAUUGGAUUCUAAAGGUUGGUGCCCAUUUCGGUUUUGGUCCUUUAUGCGUUUAUCUAUCCAUUAAUUACAUGGAUCGGUUCCUUUCCGUGUAUGAAUUACCAAAGGGGCGAGUUUGGACAAUGCAAUUGUUGGCUAUAGCUUGUUUAUCUUUGGCGGCCAAAUUAGAGGAAACUGAUGUUCCUAUGAUUCUUGAUUUGCAGAUUGGUGAAUCGAAGUUUCUAUUUGAAGCUAAAACUAUUCAGAGAAUGGAGCUUCUUGUACUAAGCACAUUGAAGUGGAGAAUGCAAUCAACUACUCCUUUCUCAUUCAUUGAAUAUUUCCUUACUAAGAUUAAUGAUAGUGAUAAUAAGAGUUCAUUAAGUUCUUCCAUUUCGCAAUCCACUAAACUCAUAUCGAACACCGUUAAAGGAAUUGAAUUCUUGGAAUUCAAACCAUCAGAGAUUGCAGCAGCAGUGGCUACAUAUAUUGUGGGGGAAACCCAAGCAAUAGAUGCUAGCAAAUCAAUUUCGACUCUGACUCAAUACAUGGAAAAGGAGAGAUUAAUGAAGUGUAUUGAAAAGGUCGAAGCGAUGUCAUUGAACAGUAUUGUGACUGGCAAGAAUUCAAUUGCAUCAGUCCCUAGUGUGCCACAAAGUCCAAUAGGUGUGUUGGAUACUACAUUGUGUUUCAGCUACAAGAGUGAUGACACCACCAAUGGUGGUGAUGGUCCAUGUUCUUCUUCACAUAAUAGUAGUCCAGAAGCUAAGAGGAGGAAGCUAAACAAAAGCUGUGGAUCAGAGCUUUUGUAGUUAUGCAGCAUUGGAAAUUUUUACCAUAUUCCAUAAGUUUACUUUUCCCCAAAAAAGGACAUUUAUGUGUGUUUUAUGGAAGGUGUCCCCUCAAUUUAAUACAAAAAAAUAUAGCUAGAAAUAAUCAUAUAAAAAAAAAUAUAAAUAUUUUAGAAUCAAAAAACUAUAUAAGGUGGGUCAUGAAUGGAAGAUGGGUGAUAAAAUGAAUGGUCCAUGUGUUGAUGAGAUUGCAUGCUAUUGGCAUGAAGUGAGUAAAAUUUACCAGCUGUUAGUUGGAAAAAUUUUAGGAGGGGAAAAAUAAUUAUAUAAUUCUUCACAGUUUAUUAUUUAUGUAAGUAAAUUAUGAGGUUUUGUUCAUUUGUUUCAAAUGUUCUAUGUUUAAUAUGAAUAGAGACUUACAAAAGAGAGUGUUAAAGUAUUGUUUAAUCUGUUUUGGUUAGUGAGAAAGGUUUGCAAUUUGUUGCCAAACGUGCUUCACUUUACUGCAGAAAAGCUUCUUUUUUUGUUGUUGUUGCGAGUUUCACGUUAGCUUUGACUGUUAGAUCAUUGCUUUAUUGUGGAUAUAGAGCUCUCUUCUGAAUGCACUAACGGUUAUCUAGGCCACAAAGAAGUGUAAAAUAAGAGAAAGUGUGGACCAAGAAUGAGGAAUUAGGAAGUUUUUAGCUUUGACCCAACAAGAUCUAUCACAGAUGCGAGGGAAGUGCUCGUAGAUCCAACACUGCAUAAAUAAAAAUAAUCAAGCCCAGGUAAAAUAUAAUAAAACACAAAAAGCCAUGUAAAAAAUUAUAAUAUACCUAUAACAAGCUCAGGUAACCAGCAAGUUGUCUGGUGUCAGGACGAGAUGCGACAUCAAGCGCCAUGUAUAACAUCGUCAAAGCAGCCACUCCCCAAGUCCAACACGAGGUCUCAAGGUCGCC